CAUCUGCCGGAUUACAGCCUACGCGCAGACACCGAGGGUUUCAUUCUGUUUGAACGAGGAAAACAUCGUGUCCGCCUGUCUGAAAGCUGUCACAUGGGGCCGAGGAGGAGAAAAAAAAGCUCGCUUCCUGAAAUGAUCCUCGUCACCGGCGCUGUGUUUUGGUUUUUCUGUUUUUUCCCCCCCUCCAGCGUAACAUCGCAUCGCGUUUAAUUUUUCCGUCCGGAUCUUUCGGCGAUGAUCAGCAAAGUUAAAAACGCAAUGUCCACACUGGUGGGAGGGAUGAUGCCGCACGGACACCACCACCACCACAACCAUCACUCAGGUGGAGGCCAGACCUGCGGACCGGACAGCCUGCCGCCGCGCUUCCCUUAUGGCCGGCCGGAUUUCUUGGACCUCACCCCGGAGCUCCUGCAGUACUCCACCGAGCACGCAUCACGGCCGGUGCUCACGUUAAAGAGAGACAGCAGGCUUCCCUGGCGGACGGGAUACGCAGAGGUGAUCAAUGCGGGAAAGAGCAUGCUGAACGAAGACCAGGCCUCUUGUGAGAAGCUGUUUGUGAAGAAGCCGAGCGGCAAACACCGCAACUCCACUCUGGUGGAGGACAAUGGGGAUGGCACAGGAAUCCCUCUCCACUUCUGGGGCGUGUUUGAUGGACAUGCAGGUUCCGGAGCCGCCAUCAUGGCCUCCAAGCUUCUUCACCGCCUCAUCAGAGACCGUUUAGGAGAAAUCUGCCACCUGCUGGAGAACCCCAACAGUGUUCCUCCCAUCUGCCUGGCCAAGAACGGCAGCCCGUACCAGGCGGAGACAAAGAAGGGAGCCGCGCAGGAACCAGAAGACCCAGAUGCUAUCAGCGACUCCGCGGUGCGCUUUCACAUGGAGAAGGUUGUCAGCUUGGAGAGCCUGGUGAUGGGAGUCAUAGAGACCGCCUUCACACAGAUGGAUGACCUGAUUGAAAAGGAAAAAACGUCGUAUGCCAUCUCUGGUGGGUGUUGUGCCUUAGCUGCCAUACAUUUGAUGGGGAAACUCUACGUAGCCAAUGCUGGAGAUAGCAGGGCGAUCAUCAUCCGAAAUAAUGAAGUUGUUCCCAUGACUAAUGAAUUCACACCUGAGUCAGAGAGGCAGCGGCUGCAGUAUCUGGGCUUCCUGAGGCCAGAGCUGCUGGGUAACGAGUUCACUCACAUUGAGUUCCCUCGUAGGAUCCAGCACAGCGAGCUGGGCAAAAAGAUGCUCUACAGAGACCACACCAUGACUGGCUGGGCUUAUAAAACUAUCGUUGAGGAUGAUCUGAAAUUCCCCCUGAUAUAUGGAGAGGGUAAAAAGGCACGUGUCAUGGCGACAAUCGGAGUGACCCGUGGGCUGGGAGAUCACGACCUGAAGGUGUACAACUCCAACAUUUACAUCAAGCCCUUCCUCUCGUGCGUCCCUGAGGUGAAGGUGUAUAACGUGGAUGAACACAAACACGGCCCGGACGACGUCUUGGUCAUGGGAACAGAUGGAUUGUGGGACGUGACGACGGACAAGGAAGUUGCAGAUGCCGUGUCAGCCUACUUAUCCUGCUGUGACCCCUCUGAUCCCAUGAGGUAUACGCUGGCAGCCCAGGACCUGCUGAUGAGGUCACGAGGAGUGCUUAAAGAGCGCGGCUGGCGGCUACCCAAUGAAAAACUGGGCUCAGGCGAUGACAUCACUGUGUUUGUCAUCCCAUUGGCCGGGCACGAGUCAGAGACAUGACGCGAUGAUUUUAGGGACCUUCCAAGCUCCCUAAACCCUGGACCGACGGUGGGGUGGGGGGAGGGUUCGGGAAAAGAAAACACCUUUGUCAUAGAGAAGACUCGGGUCUGAGCAGCACCUUCAUCAACCCACUAGACCGGACCCAGUCCCAGCCGCUUCCCUUCAACCCAGUCAUGUAACAAAAGAUUUUCAGUGACAUUAUAAGAGAAGUCACACUCGUUCUCCCAGACCUGCUGUUUGUGACUGUUGCCAGUGAGAAUUAAACCCUUGUAGUAUUUCUGUUUCCUGUUUAUGUUCAAGGCUGAACCGCUACUCAAUCCUUUGAAUGGAUUGAUCAUUUUCAUGUCAUGACCUAAAUGUAACUCUGUUUUGUUAAAAAAAAAAAGCAGUCGUAUAUGUGAAGGAAAGUGCGGAAGAGAAUGUGAGGAAACCAAAGAGGUGCGUUUAUGGAAGAAGGAUGAAAGUCUGUAAAAAAAUAAAUACAUAAAAGAUAAACAAAAAAAUCAUUAGAUUCAUGUCUGUACAUUAAAGACGCAUGUGGGAAGUAAAACCAGAGGAAUGGGCCUUUUUCAGCAGAACCAGUCUUUGUUGCUGUACCUCCUUUCUUAAUGAUGAAUGAAUGACGACACCUUGUUGCACAUGCUCCGUGGUAGCCUGUUGAUUUGUGAUAUCUUUCUGUCGAAUGUGCUCAUGGAUAGUUUUCUUUUCCUUUUUGACAAUCCGAUAACGAGAACGGAGGGUUCCACCUGCAUCCAGUAUAAUGAAAAUAAUGAAGGAACGGGAACAUUUGUUUGAUUAUACACGUGUUUUCAUCGUUUUACCCUCAGAGGAGAAACUGAUUUGUUCUCGGUAAAUGUCUCGGUAUACAGUAAGAUGUGAUACGCUUCACACAUUAUGCCUUAUUAAGAGAUGAAAGGGACUCAAGAGUUUUUUUCUUCAGAUGCACUAAAUUUGACCCUUGUAGAGGUGGCAGAGAACAGUGUUUGCCCUUAAAUGUACCAUAUACCUCUUUUGUACCACUUUUGUUAUGUCAUGUCGUUGUUUAGAUUAUCCAUAUAUAUUUUUAAAGACCGCUUCGGUUGUAAGCAGUAUCAGAAGUUUUAUUUUUCUGUUUUUGUCCAUUGCUGUUUGUUUGGAGAGAUGGUUUGUCCUAUGAGCUACCAAAAUAUGAGGUAGAGGUAUAAUGUGUUCCAGUUUAGAAAUAAAUCGGAUUUUUUUCCCA